UAUAAGAUGUGGGCGGGGCCUACUGCGUAUUUCCGGUAGGAGCAGGCCGAAAGACAACAUAGUAACGUAUGCGCGGUCCGCGGCGCUCAGGAAGAUACAACGGUGUGGCACGCGCGCGCGAGUCCGAACCGCCGAGUGGAAAGCGAUCGGCGUCCUCCCGAACGGCGUCGUCGACUAUCGUCCGAGAGGGUGACGCGAAGCGGACCGCGAUGGAAGACGAGUUUCGGGGAAUCGAUGAAGACGGGAGUUGGAGCGCCGUUUACCAGGAAAUCCGUCAGCAGUCGGUUGAACUGCCUUGCAAGGUCGCCAAAUUACCUGAAAACAAGAGUCGGAAUCGUUACCGAGAUGUCAGCCCGUUCGACCACAGCCGAAUCUGUCUGCAGCUGGGGACGAACGACUACAUAAACGCGAGCUUGAUCUCCACGGAGGAGGCGCAGAGGAGCUAUAUCCUAACUCAGGGACCCCUUCCCAGUACAUGUGGCCACUUCUGGGAGAUGGUUUGGGAGCAGAGGACUCGCGGUGUCGUGAUGCUGAACCGAGUCAUAGAGAAAGGAUCUGUGAAGUGCGCCCAGUAUUGGCCGCAGAGAGAGGAGGGGGACGCCAUGUUUGAGGACACCGAUUUCAAGCUCGUUUUUGUUUCCGAAGAUGUCAAAUCGGACUUCACAAUCUGUCAGCUGGAGCUGACAAACUUGUCGACGCAGGAAACUCGGGAGAUUCUACACUUCAACUACACCACCUGGCCUGACUUCGGGGUACCGGAGUCUCCCGCCUCCUUCCUCAAUUUCCUGUUCAAGGUGCGCGAGUCCGGGUGUCUGAACUCGGACCAGGGGCCGGUGGUGGUGCACUGCAGCGCAGGCAUCGGGCGCUCGGGGACCUUCUGUCUCGUCGACACCUGCCUGUUACUGAUGUCCACGCGCAGGGACCCGUCGUCGGUGCGCAUCCGCGACGUCCUCCUGGAGAUGAGGCGCUACCGGAUGGGCUUGAUUCAGACGGCCGAUCAGCUCCGCUUUUCCUACCUCGCAGUCACCGAAGGUGCCAAGCGUAUCGCGGUGGACGCGUCUCUGCAGGAAUCCCAGAACGAGCUCUCGAGCGAGGAAGAUGUGCCUCCAGAGUUCGCGCCUCCUCCUCGUCCUGCCAGAGACGCUCACAAUGGCAAAGCGGAGCCGCCCUUCUUCCCCGAAAAUGACGUCAUCCGACAAAAGGACACCCACGCUCUCCGUUCCUCAUUAGAGCCGGAGGUGCGGAGGAGAAAUAUCGCCGACGCCCAGACUGUGACGGAGUCCGUCGACCAGCCGGACUUUCCGAUGGGAACCCAGGAAUAUACCUCCAAAGCUCUGACCAAACCGCAGCAGCAACAUGUGACUGAGGAGCCGGCGAUAAGCCAGUCCACCGAGCAGUCGGGGGGGAACGACUCGACGCCGGGUCCGUGGUCUCCGCUGCUGACCAAUGUGUGCCUGUGCACAGCGUUGGCGCUCGGUGCUUAUGUCUGUUAUCGAACCUGUUUCCAUUGAUGUCUUUUUCUUUUCCUUUUCUUUUUUUUUUCAAAUUUCCUGCCUCUGUCUUCUAUUCCUCCCUUCCUCCUCAGUGUCUUUGCAGAGUGAUUUUUUUUUUUUUUUUUUCUUCAGGCUGGGCUGGCCAGCCGUCUUCGACGCUGGGUUUUACUCUGCAAGCCGGUGGAUCGUUUGAACCUCGGUGGAUUCACGUUCACUUCGUUUGAUUUACAAAUGCAGUGCAAAAGGGACGGUGUACGGUGGGUCCAACUGGCAGCUCUCCCCCACCAGAAACGUCACCCACUGCAAAGUCCCCCUUAAUACUGUCAGGUUGGAUGCUCAGGGCCUCAAUUUUCAGGAGUAAACAUCCCAAAUACAUGUGCCGAGUCUGCGUCAAGGUUCCCUUUUUAAAAAAAAAAAACCCAAAACAAUGCAGUUAACGGAGGGAAGGGUGUGUUUUUUAGCUCCUGUGUUCUGUGAACCACUUUGAAGACCGCAGGCUGAACGGUCCCUUAGUCUCCCAUGUACACGUAUGUCCCCUCUUCAUUCACAAGACGACACACAACACACACGUGUUCUUCCAUUUUAACCUUUGCUAAAGCCUACGUUUAGCUUCCCCUUUACUUUCCUCUCACUGAACCCCCCCCCCCACCCCACCCCCCUUCUCUCUACACAGAAAUCGGGCUCUGUGAUUUCUGUCCACAGACUCACCGUUAAGGGAGAUGACCAAACUCUUUUUGUUAUCCUGUAAAAAUGGGCCGGUAUCGAACCCGAAAUCCGAGGUGGCAGUACCGGAAGCUACCGUGUGUCCGUUGGAUGAGGUGUGUGCAUGCAGACGGGCGUCGGCGUUGUGUCGACAUAGUCCCAAAUAGGAAGGCAUGUUGUUGGAUUGUGUGCGUAUACAGUACGUUUUGCGUGAGCAGUAGGCCGUCGUCAGAGCUUCCUGUUUCCGCUGUGAGUUAUCCCUACUUGGCUGAGAGGUACCGGAGCAAGUAGAGUAACAUCUGAGUUAUCCCUACUUGGCUGAGAGGUACCGGAGCAAGUAGAGUAACAUCUGAGUUAUCCCUACUUGGCUGAGAGGUGCCGGAGCAAGUAGAGUAACAUCUGAGUUAUCCCUACUUGGCUGAGAGGUGCUGGAGCAAGUAGAGUAACAUCUGAGUUAUUUCUACUUGGCUGAGAGGUGCCGGAGCAAGUAGAGUAACAUCUGAGUUAUUCCUACUCGGCUGAGAGGUGCCGGAGCAAGUAGAGUAACAUCUUGAGUUAUUCCUACUCGGCUGAGAGGUGCCGGAGCAAGUAGAGUAACAUCUGAGUUAUUUCUACUCGGCUGAGAGGUGCCGGAGCAAGUAGAGUAACAUCUGAUUUAUUCCUACUCGGCUGAGAGGUGCCGGAGCAAGUAGAGUAACAUCUGAGUUAUUCCUACUCGGCUGAGAGGUGCCGGAGCAAGUAGAGUAACAUCUUGAGUUAUUCCUACUCGGCUGAGAGGUGCCGGAGCAAGUAGAGUAACAUCUGAGUUAUUUCUACUCGGCUGAGAGGUGCCGGAGCAAGUAGAGUAACAUCUGAUUUAUUCCUACUCGGCUGAGAGGUGCCGGAGCAAGUAGAGUAACAUCUGAGUUAUUCCUACUCGGC